UCUUGUAGGUUGUUUGUCAUAGUGCUCGCCUCGUGCUCGCAGUUGGAAAAACUAAAUUAUCCCAAAUUGUAUAAAUUUUUUUUUAUUAAUAUAUAAAUGGCGGCCAAAACGUACACUUUAGAAGUUGUAAAACAGCACAAUAAACCAGAGGAUCUUUGGAUAAUUAUCGAAGGAAAAGUGUAUGAUGUUACUAAAUUUCGGAACGAGCAUCCCGGAGGGGAAGAAACACUAGACGAAGUAGGUGGCCGUGACGCCACACGCGAUUUUCAGGAUGUUGGACAUAGUCAAGAAGCAAAGCAAAUGCUUAAAAAGUAUUACAUAGGCGAUCUCGAGGUCGACAAAACGUGUAAAUUGCCAGUAAGACAUAUAUGCUGUGCAGUUGGCGCUUUCACUACUGGACUACUCUUCGUUAUAAUCAUCAGGAAACUUUUAGCCAGCAAGUGAAAUUGUUGAGAUAUCGUUAUAUUGGUACGACAUGUUGCGACCCACACCGGAAAUAUAAUCAAAAAGUAAACGGAACUGCUAUACAAGAUACCUCAGUGUACUCAUCAUUUCCAAAAUUUAGGAUAAUACAAGUAAACUGUAGUAAAACUGUAAAUUAAACUGCAUAUUUGAGUUAUAACGUUUUAUAAGAAGUACAGUUAAAUUAUAUGUACAUAUGUAUGUAUGUGUUAUAAGAAGUGUACGAAAUAUGAACAUAAACUACGUAAAAUAAAUGUUUUUAAAGUAAA